AUGGAAGAUAGUAAUCAAUCAGACGAUACUCUUGAAUACGAUAGCACAGAAGAAUUUAUCCGUAAAUUCAUACCCAACUCAGUUUCUUCCCUCGAAGGUUGGAAAGAUAACCCUGUUUCAAAAAUAAAACCAGAAGAAUGGAAGAAUAUUCCUCGCUGAAUUAAGGAUGGUUUCAAAAAUGUUAUCCUCGGCUGUAUGCUGAUCUAUCAAAAGUUUAAAACAGAAGAUAGCCGAUUCAAAUAAGCUAGAAAACUCUUUUCAGUUACAUAAGAAGGCCAAAUAUAGCACUGAUAGAGAUCUCAAAGAGCGAGAAAAGAAGACAAAUAUUGCAAUUGAUAAUUUUAAAGCCAAAGUUGAAAUUUCAAUGACUCGCAAUGAAGAUUUCAUAGUAAAUAUUAGAGAGAAAACAAAUGAGAAGCUCCAGCAGAUGCUUGAAGAUAUUGAACAAAUAGAGCAUCUCAAGAAAUGGGUCACUGAGACUAUUGAAGAAACUAACAAAAAGAAUAAAGCAAGGGAUCAAGAGUUAGAUGCUUACAAGCAGUCUCUUGAAGAUCAAAUAAAAGAAACUCAGAAUAAGCUUGAUAACCAAAACAUAUACAUUCAUGAAUUUCAAAAAGAGAUUGAUGGGAUUAUUUUUAAUUUAAAAUAAUUCACAAGAAAAAUUGCUCGAAUCAAAAUCUGAAUUACUUCAAACAUCCAUUACCAACUCCGAGGAACAAAUUAAGUCGAUAUCUGAGUCUUUGACUACUCAUAACUUUGAUAUUACUCAAUUGAAGAAGAUUCAGCCUUCUCUAGAAUUCCAGAUUUCUGAACUUAAGCAUAACCUCUCACUUGAAAUCGACCACUCAAUGUCAAGGGUUGAGCCAAAAGUAACAGACUUGAUCAAAAAGAUGGAGUUUCUAAGCUCUCAGCCAACUGGGAACUCCCUCCAAGAGACCCUCAAACAGUGUCAAGUAAUGAUUGAGCAGCUAAAGAUUUCGAUCACUGAGAAAGAAGACCAGAUGAACGAAAGUGUAGAUCAGAAAAUAGAGGAUACUGAUAAAAAAUUCAGGAAAAUAAUAUACGAACUUAAGAACAAAAUUCAAAGGCUUAAGAAAGUUCAAGAAGCAUCAGCAUCCCCGCUUAAGAAACCUCAUGAUAGUGACCAUAAGAAGGAAAAAUCACUAAAUUCUAUAACUGGUUUAUCAGAAGAUAGACACAGUAGUUUUAACAUUAAAUUAAGAGAUUCCAUACAGAACAGUAAGAAUUCAGAGAGGAGAAGCAUAGAAAAGCCUGAGUUUGAUAAGAUGAAAAUGAAACCUUCCAGAAGUCAUUUCAAAAGAUCUAUGGCUAUUCCAAAUACACUUGAAGUGCCGGCUAGAGAUAAUCCUCCAAAACUGUCAGAACCUACUAAUCAGACAGCACAAUGUUCAUUUUGAUCUAAAGCUCCAGAACAAUUUGAUGAGUUAAAACAGAAACUAGACGAUCUUAUCAAAAAUCUCGAAGCUCAAAAGAAGUCAGAAGCAGAACUAAAGACCAUAAAAUAGCAAAAACUCCCUAAUAAACACCACGACCGACCAAGCCAUCCCUAAAAUCCUAUCUUCCCCUCAAAAAACCUUCUCUCCCACUCCAUCCUACAAGCCAAAACUGCGUUCACGCCCAAAACCCAAAUCCUCUUACUCUCGAAGACGCCAUAAACGAAAUCUCUUCAACAGAAGGACCCAAAACUCCACUCAAAUAGCUGCGUUGAAGAACUCGACUCUGCGUCCGCAGAGUCCUUCUUCAAUUCCAAGGUUCGAGCCGCUUGGGCUGAAGUGUAUUCUGCCCACGACUACAUACAAGUUUUAAGGAUUUAGAAAA